AUGCAGGCUGUCCAGUACGAACGGCAUCCUGCUCCUGGCGAGUCGCCCAUCUGGACAGAUCAUGCGCCCCAGGAGUCCCCCCGCAAGAGCCCUAUCCCCAAGAACGUUGCCUUCGAACUCUUGCUCGAUGAGAAUUCCAAGGUUCGGGCUCGCAUCCCCAUGCGAGUGCAAAUCUAUCCCCAUGACACCACGGACUCGAUCGUGACUACAGUCAAGAAUUUCUAUGGGAUUUAUGAUGGCGCUGCGAGCGGUGUCAGUUUUGAGGAUGAGCACGGCACCACACUUAUUGCUAGGUAUGAGAACUUACGAAAUAACAUGACAGUGUAUGUGCGGGUAAUCCCCGUACAAGCAUACACAGAAGGCUACGGUGACCGUUAUUUUGGGCAUAUGCCGGUUGAGGCUCGCAAACGCCCCAGUCUUGGCGAGCCUUUCCAGAUGGCGCCCGCAAUGCAGUCGGCGCAGAUCCCAGAUCACGGACAGCCCCCUUCUCGGCCGGGUUCCAGACUCGCUCGGAAGCGCAGUAUGUCGCCGUCUGGUAGAAGCCGUCGUAGCGCUUCGCAGCACAAGCAGCUCUCUCGAGCGGGCAACAAGAGCAGGGGCUCUAGCACACAUGGUAGCUUCCAUGAUGAUGGAGCCUCUCUCUACAGUGACAGUGAGGGUGGAUAUGGAUCUGUCUCGGGGGCCAAGAAAUCCCGUAGUGAACAGCUAGGCAGCUCGGAUAUCAGUAUGGACAACAUUCUCCAAGAUGGCCGCCGCAAGCGGCCCAAGUUUGAGAGUUCGGUCCCUCUCACUACCUCUACCUCGUCGAUCUCCCCUCAACGUCGAUCCAUCGGCCAAGAAGGUGCUGUCUCCCCAUUCGCACGCCCCACCCAACGCCCAUACAGCUAUCAACAACCAUUACCCUCACCGCAAAGCUAUGGACAUAACGAUCAAAUAUACGGGUACAACUCUAUGCGGAAUAAUAUCUAUGCCACUCCAGUGGCUCCGGAACAUGGACACCGCCUACGUGAGCGUACCACGACCCAGUCUUCAGGGCAGUUUAGCAACCCAGCAGGCAAUGGUGCCGGAUCUGGCAUUCUCCCAACCCCAGACCCUACUAUUGCCAGCUGCAUAUCUGACGAGGAUGUUGCAAUGCAAUUAAUCCGCUUAGGCGAUGCCUCCAAUUUCUCCCAUGGUCGCACAUCCGCUUCAACCCUAGAUGAUGCCUUCAGUGGCGCUGCCGAUGCAGCCUCCUCGACGGGGGCGACUAGCGAUGGCGAAGAUUUCAGCGAAGAGGAUGACGACCUGCCCGCACGCAGUAGACAAAGGGUGGACUCGAGCCCGAUGCUUCCGCCGGGCGCUACUAAGCGCACCCAUAAGCGCUUGGAUGACAUUCUUCCCAGUUUUGACAGCUCUGAUGGAAGUGAUGGCGAUGAGGAGUACCAGCAGGAUGAUUACCAGGACAGCUUGAUCAAAAAUGAGGCCGACGAUGAUUCUCUCUACAGAGAGUCUGCCCCCAAGACGAAGAAGGCCAAGACACGGGCAAAUAGUGCCUCUUCUAGCAAGGCUCGAGGAACCAAGUCAGCACAUAUGCGGCAACACAAAAUCAAUAAGAGUGCACCCGCUGCGGCUCGUAAGGUGAAGUCCAUGCCAGCUGCAACCAGUCACAAGCCCGUCGUGCCCCCGCAGAUGGCCAGCCCUGCCCCAACACGAAAGACCUCAACUUCCUCGAUCAAUUUCCAGUUGGCUGCAGACGAAGAAGACCUGUCAACCAAGCCGCGCUGCCAACGCUGCCGUAAAAGCAAGAAGGGCUGCGAUCGUCAACGGCCCUGCGGACGAUGCAAGGAUGCCGGUAUUGGCAUCGACGGCUGUAUCAGUGAAGAUGAAGGAAAUGGCCGCAAAGGCCGCUACGGCCGCCACAUGGGAGUUCCUGUCAAGAAAGCUAUCGAAGCUACUAGCUCGGUCAAUGGCGAUACACAGCCCGUAGUAGCGGCUUCAUUGACGUCCGUGGCCAUUGACAAGAACAAGAAACGUAAGCGUUAG